CUUGAUCAGCGCCCCCUUCUUCCAGGAAACGCCUCUCGGACUUGGGUGGUGACUGAUGCCCAGAUUGCACGACCACUUCUGGAGCUGCUCCUGUGCCCCCAGCGCGAGGCGCAGAGGCCACCCUAGAGCUAGCGCCGCAGGGCUGGCAGCCAAAGUGGGGGAAAUGAUCAACUCCUCCGUGUCCAGUCCCUCCCUGCUGGCGGCCCACGGUGCCCCGGGCACUGACCCCUCGCCCGGGCGUCGGACCACUGGGAUGAGUGUUCACGGUGGCGGCAGCAGCCACACCAACAGUUGGCAUCAUCACCUGGUGCAGAGGAGCCUCGUGCUCUUUUUGGUCGGGGUUGUCCUAGCCCUGGUGCUCAAUUUGCUGCAGAUCCAGAGGAAUGUCACCCUGUUCCCCGAGGAAGUGAUUGCCACCAUCUUUUCCUCUGCCUGGUGGGUCCCUCCCUGUUGUGGGACAGCAGCUGCUGUUGUUGGCCUACUCUACCCCUGUAUUGACAGUCACCUCGGAGAGCCCCACAAAUUUAAGAGAGAGUGGGCCAGUGUCAUGCGCUGUAUAGCAGUUUUUGUUGGCAUUAACCAUGCCAGUGCUAAAUUGGAUUUUGCCAAUAAUGUUCAGCUGUCCUUAACUUUAGCAGCCCUGUCUUUGGGCCUUUGGUGGACAUUUGAUCGUUCAAGAAGUGGUCUUGGGCUUGGGAUCACCAUAGCCUUCCUAGCUACGCUGAUCACUCAAUUCCUCGUGUAUAAUGGUGUCUAUCAGUAUACAUCCCCAGAUUUUCUCUAUAUUCGUUCUUGGCUCCCAUGUAUAUUUUUCUCAGGAGGUGUCACAGUGGGAAAUAUAGGACGACAGUUAGCUAUGGGUAUUCCUGAAAAGCCACAUAGUGACUGAGUCUUCACACCCGCCAGUUCUGAAGAAUAAGCAAGAUUUGGGAAGAAAAUCUGUGAUAGUGGAUUGUGACAAAGAUUAUCUUUUUUCCAAAAUAAUCUAUUUAGAUUGGGCUGACUGUACAAAUGACUCCUGGAAAAAAUGUUCACCUAGUCUAGAAUAGCAAAGUGGAGACAAUAACUAAUUACCUUGAAGUCAUACCCUGACAGACUCAUGAGUGCCUGUCUGCACCCUGGAACAUUCUACAGGCUGUGUGGGUUCAGGCAGUUUCCCAAGUAUUAGAUUUCAUUCAUGUGAUUAAAAACAAGUUGCCAUAUUUCAAAGCUAAGACUUGAUUACCAACUCUAGUUUUGUAUCAGUGCCCAAAGGAGAGAAGUUGAUGGUGCUUAACAAAAAUGAAGUAUGGUGUCAUAGGAAUAAUAUUUAUCCAAAAGAUUUUUUAAAAAUAGGGUUGUGUUUAAAAAAAACAAAAACGAGGAAGUAGAAGAAAAGCAGCGGCGACUGUAGAGAGGUCACACUCCAUGUGGAGUCUUGGCAUGGCUGUGCUUCACGGUCACGCUCCUUCACUGCAGUGGCUGCUCAUGUGGCAAGUGCAUGUCACCAGUGAGUAGACUGUGUUUUUCAUUCCACCCGUGGAAGAGUGUGUUGACAAUCUUACUGAGAGCAAAAGGCAAUGAAAAGUCAUAGUUCUACACUGUGAUAUAUUGGGAUUUUCACUUCAGUUCAUUUUUUUCAAAAUCCGUAAUCAUCUAAGAAUGAAUACCUGCCUGCCAGUUAUUCCAAUCUUAGCCAAAAUUGUUUGUUUGUUACUCCAGAAUAGAGAUGACUAUUUUUUUCCACAGCCCUAUGGAAUUUGCAAUCUGUGAUUGCCUUGUAAAAAGAAGAGUGCAUAUGUCACUACAUUAAACAUGUGGUGGGUGUUUCUAAAUAGUAAAUGAUAUUGGUGAGCACAAUGUAUUCAUUUAAUGGUAUAGACCAUAUUAGACCUAAUUUGCAAGUAUUGGGUCUUAAACUUCAAGUGCAAUGUAUAUGAAAACCAAUCUGAGCCUUGUAUUCUCUUAAAUAUUUAUUUUUUUUAAUGUGUGGGAUGUUCUUGAGAAGGGUUCUCCAUUCAUUUCAGCGCUGCAUGGAGGCAAACUCAGCAAUAAUUGUUUUCAGUUGUCAAGUUACUUUCUUGUUAUACUCUCCACUGAACCCCAGUUCUUUAAAAUACUCCAGUUUUGUGGGUUUAGUAAUUUUUACUUACAAAUUUACCUUUUUGUAUUUUGAAAUUUAAAUGUUUUUGGUUUGUUUUAAAUUCUGUGAAAGUGGCUUGAUUUAAAAAGACUUCUUUGAAACAGAAGUCCCCAGUCAGCAGAAUAGAAACUUAGACUAAUUUGCCUGUGAGUGUUGAUGUAUAUAUUUAGUUUCAUUUAUGUGAUGAUCCCUGUUGGGGGUUUUUUGUUUUGUUUCAUUUUGAGGGAGAUAUCUUUGAGUAAACUUUAGAUUACCGAAACUUAAUUUGUUUCAGAAGAAUUUUGUUUAAAAGAAAAUGGGAUCAUUCUGAACUUUGAAGUGAUCCCUUAUAAAUUUUCUGAAAAUGAUUAGUUAUGUGACAAUUUUUCAAUGAAGAUGUUAGCAUUUUAUGAAAAACCAGAAGUUACUGGUGAAAGCAGUGAGUGAAUCUUCAAAAUAUACUUGAUCAUGCACAAACAAUAAGUAUUUUGUCUUUUGAACUGGAAGUAAAUCUUUAUCUGUUAUAAAUAAUGUAGCCAAAAAUUGUAAAUUUGAAAAAGUUUUGCCAAUAGUUUAUAGCAAAUAUAUGAACCAAAGUGAUCUGAGUUUGUAAAACUGUAAAAUGAUAUGAACAAAAUUUGCACUAUACCAGAUUUGAACAUCUAGUGAGAUUCACAUUCAUACUAAGUUUUCAACAUUGUGUUCUUUUUGCAUUCAUUUUUUUACUUUUAUUAAAGGUUCAAAACCAA